UGGCAACUUUGACAAUCAAAUUGACAAGUGAAUAAUGAAAACAGCUGUGAAAUAAACGAAAAAUUCACAAAAAAACUAUGUAAAACCACUUCCUUUAGGAUAUAAAUAUAAGUAUAACUUGCAAUUUACAAUUGCCAACAAUUUUUGAUCAACAAAAGUUGUUAUUGUUAUAUUUCUUUGUUGUGAAAGUUAGGUUAUGUGUUGUUGUUUAUGACUCAAGGUGAUUCCGUGAGAUGAAUUGAGUUUUUAACGUCGAGCCUUCCAGUAGCCUGCCUUAUAUGGGUUGAAAAGGUCUUAUCAUUGUGCCAGAUAUCCAGAAUCAGUUGAUAUUAUAUUUCCAAGAUGAGCGAACGUGAAGGGCCGAGCAGCUCAGGCUCGCAAGGAAUGGACAAAGGAGAAAAUAAUACUAGGACCCCAUCUGCUGCGCAGCCUAUGCCUACUGGAUCCAGUGCCCACAGCUAUUAUGCCAGUGAGCCGAUCCAAUUCCGAGUGCGGGGCUCUACGAUAACAGGAGCGUCUCCUCCCAAGUUUGUGACUCUCGAGGACAUCAUGAAGGCUGCACAUGGCAUGCAGAACAUGGCGCUAGCGCACGAGAUAGCCGUCGACAAUGACUUCAAAUUGGAGCCUUUUGAACCUCCAGACAAUAGUUACCAAAAACUGGUAAAAGAAACCAUGCACAAGGCUUACUUCGACAUCCUGAGGGAACAGCUGGAGUCUGACCCUCCGGAAUACAAGCAAGCUCUGGUUCUGCUGGAAGAUGUUAAACAGGGUCUAUUCUCCAUACUGCUUCCUCGCCACACUCGCAUCAGGGAAAUGAUAGAAGAAGUGCUAGACACUGAGUUCAUCAAGCAACAGGCGGAGAACAACAGCCUGGACUUCCACAAGUACGCCAAGUUUGUCAUCGACCUGAUGGCCAAGUUGGCAGCCCCAGCGAGAGAUGAAAUGAUCCAGAAUAUUACUACACUAACUGACACUGUGGACAUAUUCCGAGCUAUACUGGAGACUUUAGAAGUGCUGAAGUUGGACUUGGCCAACACUUUGAUCGCCAUGAUACGGCCGCACGUUCAGAAAGAGAGUGUGCACUACGAGAGAGUCAAAUUCGAUGAGAUGUUGAAGGUUUCUGAAGAUGGACUUCAGCACACAAAGGAAUGGCUGAAACGUAACAUAGACAAGACAGGGCUAAGCUUGCCGGUCACAGACCAGAACAUCAUCAGAAACGUCACAGCGCAGACAUUGGCUAAAGCAUACUUGGAAUUGCUUGAGUGGGAUGGCUCUAAGGAGUAUCCUGAGACAGUGUCACUAGACGCGCCUCGCUUCGCCGAGCUCGGCACCCAAGUGUACCGGCUGAUCUGCCUCGCGUCCCUCAUGCUGGCCAGCCCGCGCUGCGGCGAGCCGACGCAGCAGGCGCACAGGAAAGCGCUCACGGAGAAGAUCUCCAUCAUCAUGGACGCCGCCGCCAGCGAUAUAGAGUUGAAAGCAGUGCUUCCCUCGAUAGCCGAGGAAGUGAUUCUAGUGACUGAGCAGUUUCUGGAGAAUCUGAACCAAGAUCCACUGACUGCCGACACUAAAGAGCUGAUCCGGACCCAGAUCACUUCCUUGUGGGACCCUGAGCAUAGAGUCAGGCAGAUUGUUCGUCAACGCAUACUAGAGUUCCUCCAAAUGAUUCUAAUCUGCGCGGGCGGGUCCCGCCAGAUUCCUGUAGGACUGUCAGGCUUCGCCAAGGAAUUAACCGCGGUAUCAGGCACGUUACUACGCUACGUCAUGCACAACAAAGCGGUAUUCAACUCGCAUUACUUGGAUAUCGUCACUGAAGAACUAAGUAAGAGCUAGUAAGGGAAACGUGAGAAGGAAAUUGGUCCAUUUGCAGUGUAGGAUCAUAAAGUUAAUAUACCUAGCGGAAUAGAGCAAAGGACUGAGAGAGCGAGAUGUCACUAGCAACAAUACUGUUUGAUAAAAAGAGACGCGUGAUGCGACGUGACAGAAUAUUUUUUGCAACGCAACUCAUUGGCACGCUGAAAAUUUCAGCUCUGAGAUUUUUUCGGUGAAUACGUGGAUGUUUUGCGAAAUAGUGCUUCAGAAACGUGGUGACUGGUUCAGUGAUUGAUUAUGGUACACAGUGAAAUGAUCCUGAAAAUUGACACACGAAUGACAUCCAGUGACAUCCUAAAAUCGGUUUCGUUUGACAGCUCGUAUUUGGUUACUCUAUUCCGGAGGAAUAUUAACUCUAUGUAUAGGAUUGGGCAUCGACUACCCUGAUUCUAGCUAUGCAAGUGGACCUAAAGGAUUUUCCACACUGGAAUCGGUGUGCGUUCAAGUCAAAGUGAAUGCCGCCUGCAUCAUGUAUGAACAACAUGGUCCGAGCCACAGAUCACAGAAACUAAAGGGAGAUGUGACUCUUCCAGCUGUGAUAUGCUCUUAUCGACUUGAAAAUAUAUAGGCAAAAUCGAUAACAUAACAUGAUAACCGCCAUCCUAGGCCUGCUGAUCGUAUCAAUACGAUAUGUAUAGAGAUCGACAAAGUUGUUCAUACAAAAUGCGGGCUGCGUUCACUUUGACCUGAUCGCAGAACGCAUCCAAUAAGACAAAUCCUAAAAGCAAAAACACAGCAUUUCUUAACCUUCACCUAUAAGGUGAGAAGCUAUAGAUAAAGCUGAUUUAUCAAUGUCAACCCGUGCUAAUCAUAGACUAAAACAACUAAGAAGAAAAUCAAAACAAAAGAACCAAUUGACAUUAAAUACAAGAUAUCCCCCUUGAAAAUAAGAAUAAUUGUAAUGUUUUAUGUCCUUAUAUUAUCCUAAUCUCAAAUUCCAGUUAAAUAUAUUCCAAUAACAUUUUUUAGUUAGUACCUAACAUUCAAUCUUCCAUUUUUACCAUGUUAUUAAGAAGUUAAUUGCCACUUGUACCUUUUUAACAGUAUUUAUUUAUUCAAGUUCCAUAUAGCCUUAAUUUUACCUAAUUUAUUCUAUAAAAGACGAUGCCUAAUAUUUACUAUAAUGUUUACAUUAUUUAUGUAUCGAAUUGGGAACGGUGAACAUGUUCUGAGUUCACAAAUUGCCGACCUAUUUCCUCAGAGUAUCUUUUAUUACUGGAUAGUAUUAAAAAUAUAUUCCCUUUUAUAUAAAUUAACCUUUUAGAAUAUUCCAUAACAUUUUUGGUGUUGGUCCGUUUGUAUUUUACUAAAUUUUCAAAUAAUAGCUUUUAAUAUUAACAGCCUGCUAGUCAAAGUAAUGGUGCUUUGUAACCAUAACAUAGCACCAAU